AUGGUCAAAUGGAUUUGCCUGACUGCUCCCACACUCCCCGUUACUUCUUUGGGUGGAAAAACCGCCACUGCGUGGUGCGACAUCACAAAAGUUUCAGAGGGCAUGCAACAUGAUUUCGAAUCUUUGGAUUAUCUGAAUUCAUAUAUUGCUGACCAUUUAUUGGCUGAACCAACGAAUGUUAUUAAAGGAGUAGGAGGUUUUGGCUUAGGAGCAGCAGCAGCUCUCUAUUUUGCAACUUCCUGUGCCUUUGGACAGGUCAAGAUAAAUCCACAAAUUGUUAUAGGGAUCAACGGCUGGCUUCCUGGCUUGGCGUAA